AUGAAACCAGGCCUGUUGAAAGGAUGCCCAUAUGAGGAGCUGCUCUUAGGCCUCACUGUUAUGGCUGGCCAGCUAUCCAUCUGUAGCCAGUCUUUUAAGAGCUGUGCUGCCACUGCUAUUAAUGGCAACCCUGCUUCACUUAGCCGUACUCCUUCGGUGCCUCAGCUACACUUCUUAAUGUCUGUGUCCUGUGAUCUUGGACAUGCAAUGGACCCAUGCUACUCUCCAAAUCUUCCUUACAGCCAGGACAAAGUUAGGGUUCCAAUCACUGUGUUACUGUAUUCUCCAGCAAUCUUCUAUGUGCUUGAUUUUUGGUCUGAAGAUGGAUGGUGUUUUCUCUCCAGGAGCCUGGCAUCCCAUCACUGGUCUCAGGGUUUCAAAGUUUCACUCUUGGGAGCUCCUGAGGAUGAACUGUUCUUGUUGUCUCAAGCUCUCAUUCAACUGCUUUGUAGCAAACACAACUGCCAGGUGACAAACAAUGCUCCCCUCCAGCUGCCCUGUGCCUCGAUGCUGCUCCCCUAUCGCCCAUUUCUUACCUCUGCGGCCCUUAAUGCUAAGAUAGUCUCCUGGAAGAGUUGUACCAAGUAUACCGUCAUGCCCUUCGAGGAGAAGAUCAUCAACAUCCGCUAUGACCCCUGUAGGUCAGCAGACAUAGCUCUGGUUGCCAGAGGCAACCGGAAAUGCUGGAUCAUUGCCACAGAAAACAUGCAAGUGGGAGAUAUAAUCCUGCUUUCGAAUCAGAUAGGCCGAAUGGCAAUUGCUGCUGGGGAAGGGGAUGCACACCCUCUUGGGGCCUUGCCUGUGGGAACCCUCAUCAACAAUGUGGAGAGUGAACCAGGCCGGGGGGCUCAAUAUAUCCGAGCUGCAGGGACAUGUGGGGUCCUGCUCCGGAAGGUCAAUGGGACAGCUAUCAUCCAGCUCCCUUCCAAGCGACAGAUGCAGGUCUUGGAAACGUGCAUCGCCAAGGUGGGUCGAGUGUCCAACGUGGAUCAUAACCAGCGGGUCAUCGGCAAGGCUGGUCGCAAUCGCUGGCUGGGCAAGCGGCCUUCCAGUGGGCUUAGGCAUCACAAGGAGGGCUGGGCUGGCCGCAAAAUUCGGCCGCUGCCCCUGAAGAGUUACUUGAAGCUGCCCUCCGGGGCUGCCCAGAGCUGAUGUAUAUAGUGUGUGUGCGCAUACAUGUGUCCCUACA